AUGGUCGAUUUCACCUCUUUCUUCGAAUAUACAGCUCCAAACACUCCAGUUCUUGGAGAUCUUUCCCAGUUCCGUGGCCAACUGGAGAACCUAUCACCCGAAAAACGCGCCAACGAGAUAUACAGAGACAUGUACAAGACUCACUGGGAUCGACACCCCUCUGGAAAACCCAUGUCGCCAGACCAACUCAUGCAUUGUCCUCCAAGAGUCCUCGGAUACGCGCUGAAGCAGAAGAAGUGGGCGCAGCUCCUGGUAGAAAAACUCAACCCUCCCAACGACGCCGAUGCAAGUGUCUUCUGCGACAAGUUGCAGCUCGACCCGGACUCUAAAGACUUGGUUAGAUGGUCCGUGCAAGCACAUGAAUACGGGAAGGACGUCGACGCCAAGGGCGAAUCCAAGAGCUUGCAAGACUUUGCUCCGAACAAGGGUAAGGGUCUCGUCAUCAUGCUCUACGGCCAUCCCGGCGUCGGAAAAACUUUAACCGCAGAGAGUGUAGCUCUCAUGGCCGGCAAGCCUCUGCUUUCCGUUGGAGUAUCUGACAUCGGGAUUGAAGGCGACAAAGUCGAAGCAAAUCUGCAAAGAAUAUUCGACCUUGCAGGGAAAUGGGAGGCCGUACUCCUCUUCGAUGAAGCGGAUGUUUUCCUCGAAGCGCGCGGUCGCGGCGAAAACGAUCUGAGGCGUAAUGCCAUGGUCUCGGUACUCUUGCGCGUGCUAGAGUAUUAUGACGGCAUACUGAUCCUCACCACCAACCGCAUGAGAUCUUUUGACAUCGCUGUCCAGAGUCGCAUUCACAUUGCGAUCAAAUACGAAGAACUCAUGCAAACGCAACAAAUCGCCAUUUUUGAAUCCUUCCUCGUGCAACUCCAAGGUAAGAAACUCGUUCAUAAUUUCGAUGACCUUAUGCGAUGGGUCGAGAAAGACAGUCGCAAACUCGGAUUCAAUGGCCGACAGAUCAGAAAUGUGGUGUCGACAGCUAUGGGGAUUGCUUUGGUGGAUAAGGAGAAUGGUGGGAAGCUGAAGAGGGAACAUCUCAUGCGCGUUGCCGAGCAGACGAAGCAGUUCAAGACUGAUUUGAUCGCUGAGGAGGAGAUGUAUAAGAGGUUGCAGAAGGGUAUUUCUUGA